AGUCCCUGCAAGGAGAGUUCCAAAGGAAGCUUUACAAGGAGCUGCUGAAAAAUUACAACCCUCUGGAGCGACCAGUUGCAAAUGAUUCCCAGCCACUCACUGUCUAUUUCACUCUCAGCCUCAUGCAGAUCAUGGAUGUGGAUGAAAAGAAUCAAGUAUUGACCACAAACAUAUGGCUACAAAUGUACUGGACAGAUCAUUACCUACAGUGGAAUGUGUCUGAAUACCCGGGAGUGAAGAAUGUCCGUUUUCCCGAUGGACUGAUUUGGAAGCCUGAUAUUCUUCUCUAUAACAGUGCUGAUGAAAGAUUUGAUGCUACAUUUCACACUAAUGUUUUAGUCAAUUCUUCAGGACAUUGCCAAUACCUGCCACCAGGCAUAUUUAAAAGCUCAUGCUACAUAGAUGUGCGCUGGUUUCCAUUCGAUGUUCAGAAAUGUAACCUGAAGUUUGGAUCCUGGACUUAUGGAGGAUGGUCCUUGGACUUGCAAAUGCAAGAAGCAGAUAUAUCUGGCUAUAUUUCAAAUGGAGAGUGGGAUUUAGUAGGAGUUCCUGGGAAGAGAACUGAGAGCUUUUAUGACUGUUGUAAGGAACCCUACCCAGACGUAACCUUCACAGUGACUAUGAGACGUAGAACUCUCUAUUAUGGACUCAAUCUCCUGAUUCCUUGUGUACUGAUAUCAGCACUUGCUUUGUUAGUUUUUCUGCUUCCAGCAGACUCUGGAGAAAAGAUCUCCCUAGGUAUAACUGUUUUAUUGUCUCUCACAGUCUUUAUGCUGCUUGUGGCUGAAAUUAUGCCAGCAACGUCUGACUCUGUGCCCUUAAUUGCUCAGUAUUUUGCCAGCACUAUGAUUAUUGUUGGUCUUUCUGUUGUUGUCACUGUUAUUGUUCUACAAUACCAUCAUCAUGAUCCAGAUGGUGGAAAAAUGCCUAAAUGGACAAGAAUCAUCCUCCUGAACUGGUGUGCUUGGUUUCUGAGGAUGAAGAGACCAGGGGAAGACAAAGUGCGUCCUGCCUGUCAACACAAACAGCGUCGAUGUAGCCUAUCGAGUGUGGAGAUGAACACUGUGAGUGGACAGCAAUCCAGUAAUGGGAACAUGCUAUACAUCGGGUUUAGGGGGCUGGACGGGGUUCACUGCACACCUACCACUGAUUCAGGGGUGAUCUGUGGGAGGAUGACCUGCUCACCAACUGAUGAAGAAAACCUGCUGCACAGUGGCCACCCCUCUGAAGGUGACCCUGAUCUGGCUAAGAUUUUGGAAGAGGUCAGGUACAUUGCCAACCGAUUCAGAGACCAGGAUGAAGAGGAAGCCAUUUGCAACGAAUGGAAGUUUGCAGCCUCUGUGGUGGAUCGGCUCUGCCUGAUGGCCUUUUCAGUCUUCACAAUCAUUUGUACAAUUGGUAUUCUAAUGUCAGCACCAAACUUUGUAGAGGCUGUGUCUAAAGAUUUUGCUUAACUCCUAACUAAAAUCUGCUUCUCUGAAUGGUAUGUAGCAAAUAAGAACGUGGGGUUUUUCGAUCGCUUGUUUUUAAUGAGUAUACUGCUUCUCAUUGUCUGUUUUUCUUUUCCCUCCCAUCUCUGGUCCUGAGUUCCUUUUGGAAGAGUGGCACCAUUUUGGCAGGGAAGCCCAGGAUUUCUCCCUGGGCUGCCUGUGCACAGCUCCUCUGAGCACUCCUUUGUGGAAAAGGCAAAGCAGCUCUAAGUCCCUUUAGAAUGACAGUGUAUUGCACCACCAUCUCUUACACAUUUUUGAACUAUUACAAAAUAAGGGUAGGCAAUGCCAGAAAUGUCACUUCUUCCAGACUUUGUUACAAAAGAUAGCAUGUAGU